UCAGGGCAGAGAGGGGAGAGACAGAGGAAGCAGAUAGAGAAAUAGCUGCGGAGAGAAAGUGAGGGGACGUUGGACGGGUUGACACGGUCUGCGUUUGGGCAGACAAAUGAAAAAUAGUAAAUAAUACCUAAGCAGAGCGUUUGAACGACCGACAGAGGACAUUAUUGUAUUGUUAUCCUGCAGAAGAUAUAAAAAUGUCGUCUCCAAGUCCGGGUAAAAGGCGAAUGGAUACCGACGUGGUGAAACUCAUCGAGAGCAAGCACGAAGUCACAAUCCUGAGCGGGCUCAACGAAUUUGUAGUGAAAUUUUUUGGACCACAAGGAACACCGUAUGAAGGAGGCGUGUGGAAGGUUCGAGUAGAUCUACCGGACAAGUACCCGUUCAAAUCUCCAUCUAUAGGAUUCAUGAAUAAAAUUUUUCAUCCCAACAUCGAUGAAGCGUCGGGAACCGUGUGUCUAGAUGUGAUCAACCAGACGUGGACAGCGCUGUACGAUCUCACCAAUAUUUUCGAAUCGUUCCUGCCUCAGCUGCUCGCGUACCCCAACCCCAUCGACCCCCUAAACGGAGACGCGGCGGCCAUGUACCUCCACCGGCCAGAGGAGUACAAACAGAAAAUUAAAGAGUACAUCCAGAGAUAUGCAACAGAGGAGGCCCUGAAGGAGCAGGAGGAGGGCGCCGGGGACUCCUCGUCGGAGAGCUCCAUGUCGGAUUUCUCGGAAGACGAGGCGCAGGACAUGGAGUUGUAGUGACGCGCGGCGGCGCGCCCUCCCCUAAACACAGAGACUAUGCGAUUUCCUAACCACGAGAAGCAGACUUAUAAUAUUCAUAUUUAAACGAGGCGAUUGUUUUUUUUUUUUGUUUUUGUUUUUUUUAUUACUAAACAAGGAUUUUUAUGGAUAUAGCGUUGUUGUAUAUCUCGCCCUCUGUGUGUUUCCCACCUCAUUUCUCGAUCCAUUUCUCCGCCCCGCCCGAGGUGCACUGGCCACAUUCCACUUUGGUAGCCUCGUAGCCCAAAUGCAUGUGAUCGCUGUUCCCCUCCUCCAACCCCCUCCACGGUCUACCAAACCUGUGAGUGAACUCUAGGGUAAAUCGGAGGCUUCUUUUGGGAAGGCCACGGGGAGCGUGCCUCCCCUCCUCCUCCUCCUCCUCUCGUUGUGACCAACGCACGCAGGAAUAACCGAGGAAGUUGCUGGCAGUCGCGAUACGGCUUUAAAUUUUUUUCUGGAAUUGUUAAAAGCGGAUUGGGUGUUAAACGCUGUUCACUGGCAGGCUCGCUGGUCAUUCCCACCUCAUACUUUGGUCAUGUUUUUUAGCGCAAUUAGUGGCUGCUUGGUGUUCAGUUUCAUCGUAAGGAGGCUACCUAUUUUAAACGUUAAAAAAAGAGAAGGGGGUAGAACCCCCUAUUCUGUCACGUGCGUCUUUGCCUGCCUUGGGAUAGGCCUGGAAGGGGCCUGUUACUUUGAGCGUUCACCCACCUACACCAGAUUCAUUUCCAUUCUUAUCGGAGCAUUAUCGACCAUAAGCCAUUAUCAAACAUCCACAGAUCUCUCCAGAAGAUCUUUUAGAGUGAAACCAUGGGUGACAAGGAAGUUAAUCUACUGACGUUCAAAGCUUUUUAAUUUUCAUUGAAAUAGUUUUGUAAAAAUUAUUUCUCGCUAUAGACAGUAGAGAAAUUGUAUUGGACCCGAUAUUAAUGAUAUACAAUGCUAUACAACAACAGCAAAUAUUUCGGGUGUUGUCUUAGCGUAUAUAGCGCCACACCCUGGCCUUGCUGGACUCGGCAGGCACUCGGGCCUGCUGUUGGGAGAGUACUGUAGACCUCUGCGGGCGCUAAGGCAGGCCGGUGUCCUCUCUCUGUGCCCAACGGCCAUCUCCCAGCAUUUAGCCACUCAGGUCUGCAGUGCACAGCUGCACAGCCAAGAGCAGUGGCUAGGACACAGCAGCGUGUGUCUGCGCAGCCAGCCCCCUUCCCCCCGCUCCCCCGUUACCUUUCUUUCGACAGCAGAAGGCUGAGCGGCUGCUCGUUGGCGUCCACAAAGCACAAUGACGUUUCUCGAUUUUCGUGUCACUGAAAUGAGCAAACAGUCUUUCUGUGGCCCCCCACUUCCCCCCCACCCCCUCUUUGAGUUUUCAUAAAACAUGCUUCUUCAUCACACACCCUUUUGUACAUUGUGGCAUGAUACGGAAGUGAAGUUGUAGGAGCUUUGAGCUAGUGCUCUUAAAAAAAAAAAAAGAAAAGGCAGCUUGGUGUGGCUUCUGUUUGAGGCUAGAGUUGCGUUUGUUCAGUGUAGUGGUUUGCAUUGGUGGGGCUUCACUAGAAGGUGAUAUCUGCAGGGGGGUGGGGGGAGGGGGAAGGGUUAAACUUGGCUUGUCCCUCUUACCUUAUUGAAAUUGCCUGUUGCUUGUGCUGAACUAUUAUUGGUGUUUGACUUGCAUAGGGGUAGCUCAGAUUGCUGGGUGGUGCAUUCACGUAUGCUUUUAUCACAUAAAGAAAUGGCUCGUCUGAGAUAAUGUCCUGUAAUGGAGAAGGUACAGUCAUUAGAUUUACGUUUCGUCUUUCCUGUGGGGUUUUCAAAGGAUAUUCCAAAGAUUCCAAAGCUUAUACUGCUUGUCCCUUUAUGCAAUCGCAGCGAGACUUGUACAGGUCACGUCAUGUCUAUUUUCAUCUUAAAUUCUGCUUUUUAACUUCAGGUAGCGCAUUUCGGAGCUCUGCUGUAAGGUGCAGUAGAUUGCACUGCGCACAUGCAGGGGCUGGAAGCUGAACCCGUGCGCUGCGAUCAAUGCCACGCCGAGAGAAAAGAUACGCGUCGGCCCCCCC